CCUCUACACCCGAAGGGAGGCGGUGCCCGCGACAAGGAGCAGGAUGCCGGGGCGCUGCGGAAAGUCUCCAAAUAAGUGGAUCUGCCUUUCUUCUUGGAUGUUGAGCUAAAGAACGCCAUCAUGGGCCAGCAGCUCUCAAGCCAGACACACUCUGCUAUUAAUAAGCUGCCAGAAAAAGUAGUCAAACAUGUAUCCCUGGUUCGAGAAAGUGGUUUCUUGACAUAUGAAGAAUUUUUGGGGAGAGUAGCUGAAAUGAAUGACACAACUGCCAAGUUGGGUUCUGGCCAGGACAAGCACCUGUUAUUUGAAGUGCAGCCAGGUUCAGACUCCACUGCUCUCUGGAAGGUAGCUGUUCGAGUAGUGUGUACUAAGAUAAACAAGACAAGUGGUGUUGUCGAAGCAUCAAGAAUCAUGAACUUAUAUCAGUUCAUGCAUCUUUAUAAAGAUGUCACGAGUCAAGCAGCAAGUGUUCUUUCGCAGAACAUUGCCUCAGAAGGAGCUGCAGAGGAUCUGUCAUCUGUUGCAUCUUGUCAGGCCAGCAUUUUGAUGGGAAGGGUGAAACAGCUGACUGAUGAGGAAGAAUGUUGCAUCUGCAUGGACGGACGGGCUGAUCUGAUCUUGCCAUGUGCUCACAGCUUUUGUCAGAAAUGCAUUGAUAAAUGGAGUGGUCACCACAGGAAUUGUCCUAUAUGUCGUCUGCAGGUGACUGCAGCCAAUGAUUCUUGGGUAGUAUCAGAUGCACCUACAGAAGAAGAUAUUGCUACCUACAUACUCAACAUGGUAGAUGAGGCAGGCCAGCCUCACAGACCCUGACAGGAACAAAGCCCAUUGCCUUGAAAUCUUAAAAAAAUUCAUUUAUUGUUUCAUUUCCUCAUUGUAUUACUUUCUAUAAAAUUUGUAGGUCUUUAAAAGUGACCAUUUGUCAAUGAGCCAGUUGUACACGUUUAUAAUUUUUAAUAUUCACCAAUAAUUUCUCUGCACGUAGCACCUGCAGAAGGAUAUGUUAAGAGUUUUCUGACUUCCUGUGAGACACUGGAAUAGCUAAUAUUUGAGUUCUAGUAUAAGCUCUUCUGUGAUCAUUCGUUGAAACUGAAUUUCAUUAUAGAUGGUCCAGAAGAAUGUGGGAAGUUGCUGAGGGCCUGUUGUUCUAACACUCAGAAGCAAUCCUUCAUGCAAGUAUGUGUGUAUGAUGCUCAUGCCUGCCUGCUUACAUGAAUAGGAAUUUGUCCCACAUUUACAUUUAAGUAAUGUCUACUGGCCCCUUGUGGCUUGCUUAGUAUUGACAAAUGCUUCCUUAAAUAACCACUAAUUGUAGCAUGUUGUUUUGAGACAAAAUUUUCUGAUGGCACACUAUUUUGAUAAAAUGGCUUUUGCAUUCUUGUUCAGGGAGAAUGAGCUGUCUAGUAAGCAUCAAAUAACUUCAAAAAACUUCCCUGGUUCACCUAGUCAGUGCUGCUUGCAUUCAGGAAUAAAUGUGUUCACUCCUUUACUCAUCACAGACGACCCAAAGUUUCUGAUCUCACAACGUAGCAUCUGGCUUUCAAGCUUUUCUAGACUUCCAUGGUUAAAUCACCAUUAUAACCGUAAAAAAA